GUCUAGGUGGCCUCCUCCCGACCGGAAAGCCAGCCAAUCAGGAGCGCGAUAGCAUCCCGCCUUUGCUCUCGUAUGCUGAGGCAGGUAUCUGUCGGAAUUUGGGGACCCAGCCGCGCAGCCAAUCUCUGGCAGCAAGCGGUGGUUUAAGGGAGGUGGCGGGAACCUGAUGUUUGGUCGAAUUCGGCACUCUCACGGUCGCUUGGAUUUUUCACAGUCAAAAUUAACAUUGCAAAAUAAGCCAACAUGUCUGUCGAUCCAAUGACCUAUGAGGCCCAGUUCUUUGGCUUCACACCACAAACUUGCAUGCUUAGGAUCUACACUGCGUUUCAAGACUACCUGUUUGAAGUGAUGCAGGCUGUUGAACAGGUUAUUCUGAAGAAGCUGGAUGGCAGCCCAGACUGUGAGAUUAGCCCAGUCCAGAUUCGUAAAUGCACGGAGAAAUUUCUUUGCUUCAUGAAAGGGCGUUUUGAUAACCUUUUUGGCAAAAUGGAGCAGCUAUUUUUACAGUUGAUUUUGCGUAUUCCCCCAAACAUCUUGCUUCCGGAAGAUAAGUCUCAGGAUAUGCAUCCUUGUAGUGAGGAAGAAUUCCAGCUUCUCCAAAAAGAAAUUGAACAGUUACAGGAGAAGUAUAAGACUGAAUUAUGCACGAAGCAGGCCCUUCUUGCAGAAUUAGAAGAGCAAAAAAUCGUUCAGGCCAAACUCAAACAGACAUUGGCUUUGUUUGAUGAGCUUGAAAAUGUUGGCAGAGAUCAUGGGACUAGUGAUUUUAGGGAGAGCUUGGUAUUCCUGGUCCAGAAUUCCAGAAAACUACAGAAUAUUAGAGACAAUGUGGAAAAAGAAGGGAAAAAACUGAAAAUAUCUUAAUUUCUAAGUAGUAAAAGGAGCCUUUCAGAAAGUAGAAUGGUAAGGGAUUUACAUCAAUGACUAUUAUUUUAGUAAACUAUAUAUUUUAUUGGAUUUUCCUUAUUCAUUCUUUCUCAUAUUCCACGUCUUCCUCUUUUUUGGUCCACUCUCCUGAAGUGUCUACGUACUACCCUGAACUCAUCUUUGAAGCAUCUGUUCUUAGAGGCCCCUAAUAUGGGAAGGGAUUCUUGAUUCAAUAAUGACUCAUUUGGGGCAUGAUUGAAGAAGUAAAGCUUUCCCUGGCUAAAGAUAUUUGUAAAAUUGUACCUUGGUCGUGAGUCCUUUGUU